GAAAAAAUAUUUUAAUAGUUUGUUUUUAGUUGUAAACGAUUUGUUUUAAAGAAAACAUCAAAAAGCUUUUAACGAAAUGCGCUAUUUGUACGGAGAUUCAGAUGAAAAAUUUAUCAAAUCUCGAGAAGCAAAACGAAAAGAUAUAAAUCCGUUGGCAUCUUUUAAAUUUCGUUUAAAUCCAAUAAUUGAAGGUAAAACCGAUGAGUUUGACAGGACAGAUGUACCAAUUGUAUUUAAAUGCACGCCGGAUACUCUUCUAAACCUUUGCGUUAAAGUUGUGGAUGCCUUGCCCUUACCCAUGGUUUAUACGUGGACUAUAGAGGAUAUUUGUAAAUGGUUGAGGGCUUGUGGUUACAAACAAUAUCAGAAUACCUUUCGAGCAAAUCUCAUCACCGGACACAAUCUACUCUUACUUGAUGCUUCCGCCCUCUCCGCAAUGAAUAUUAAGGAUUUCGAUCACAUCAAAGAUAUAACACAAGGCAUACGCACUCUAUUUCAUUAUGAAAUGACAAAAUUUGCACGUAGUCUUACUCUCUAUCCGGAAUUUCAUAAUGAAUUAUAUAAAUUAUUUCGCCUUAAAACGGGAGGAAAAUAUGAAAAUGUACGGCGUUCGGAAUUAUGGCGUAAAAUGCAAUUGAUAAGACAAAAAGAACCAAACUAUUCACAUUGGGAAUUGUUAGAACGUUGGCUGGCUUUCGAGAAAGAUCCAAAAUCUGGCGAACUAUUUGGAAAUGUACCUAGAUCGAAGUUAUACACCUGUAAAUUGAAAUCAUCUAACACUGCAGUGGCGAUUAAAUAUUCGGAACGUUGCUUAUGUCUACCACCCUGUGAAUGUUAUUGGAGUAAUUUGGAUCGUCGUCCGCCGUGGCGUUUUAAAUGUUUGCCACAUUUAGCCCCAGACUCGGAAUUUGUUGAAGUUUGCCGUAACUGCAUACCCCCGUGUACAUGUCGUUGGUCCUCUAGAAAAUAUUUAACGCGUGGAGUUUUGACCUGUUUGCAGAGAGCAUUUCCUCAGAAAUAUGGCGGACUAGAGGGACAAAAUAGUUAUCGUAGAUUGGAACAAUUCUCUUCAUAUCGUUUAUCAAUUUUUUAAUUAAAUAUCAAGAUAAAUUUUAUCGCUUUGUCUUUAUAUAUUAUAUUUGUUUUAACAAAAUUUUUUAAAAAAAUUUUAUUUCA